AAAACUUGACUCUCGAAAAAGUAAAAAAACUAAUCUUUAAUUCUGGUCUAAGUGAAUAUUUAACCAACGGCAAAAUUAAAGAUUUAAAGGAUUAUUAUCUCGGCGUAGAAGUAGGAUUAGGAACUCAUGGAAAAAAGAAUAUUGGAGGUGGGAUUAUGGAAAAAGCCAUUGAAACUUUAUUAAAAAAAUACCAAGUUGAAUAUCAAAAACAAGUACCAGUGAAUUUUCAAGUUAACGGAAAAAAAGUGUUUGACUUUCAAAUUAAAUUAGAAAGUAAGGAAUAUUAUUUAGAAACCAGUUUUUUUAACACCACCGGCAGUAAAGUUCAAGAAGUAAUCAGGUCUUAUUCCGGAACUGUAUUGGAAAAAGCCCAAAAUAAUGAAAUAAGAUAUCAGAAAGAAGAAAUAAAAGUAGAAUACACAGUUAAGUUUGGAAACCCAGAAAAAGAUAGAAUAAUUGCUGAUAUUUGUGUUUUUAAAGGCGAUUUAGUUUAUAUUGUCGGCGAGUAUUAUGAUGAAAAGUUUAGUGAAAAAGAAAAUCUUUCUUUUCAAUUAUUUCCUAAUAAUAGCCACCAAGAAAAUCUUGCUCGAAUUAAGUCUCUUUAUCAAAAGGCAAAAUUAUACUAUUCGGCCGGUUCCUCGAUUGAUUUCGACAAAGAAUUAAUUUUAAGUGACACUAUUGUUAUAAACUUGGUUAAAUAUUUACAAGAAUAUUCAUUUAUCCUAAACAGCCAGAAGACUCCCACUUCCAUAA